UUGAGCUUUGUCUUCCUCUAUUUCUUGUUUGUAAAACAUGAGUGGGAUACUAAAAACAACAGCUUACCUCAUGGGAGCAUGGGAUGGCCUUUGUUGGGAGAAACCCUUGCCUUCCUCAAGCCACACAAGUCCAACACUCUGGGGAGCUUCUUACAAGAACAUUGCUCUAGGUAUGGGAGAGUUUUCAAGUCCCAUCUAUUUGGCUCUCCGACCAUUGUCUCCUGCGAUCAUGAGCUGAACAUGUUCAUCCUCCAGAAUGAAGAGAAGCUAUUCCAAAGCAGCUACCCCAAGCCCAUCCAUGAAAUACUUGGUGAGCAGUGUUUGCUUGUUGUCGUCGGCGACAUUCAUAAGAAGCUCAGGAGCUUCGCACUUAGCUUUACCAAUAUCUGUAAAUCAAAACUGGAGUACCUCGACGGCAUAGAUGAACAAGCAACCUCAAUGAUGGAGUCAUGGAAAGAGAGAAAUGAAGUCAUGUUCUGCAAAGAAGCCAACAAGUUUACUUUCAAUCUUAUGGUGAAACAAAUACUUAGCCUGGAACCAGAAGACCCACUUACCUCUAAGAUAUUAGAAGACUUCCUUACUUUCAUGAAGGGGUUGGUGUCUCUCCCAUUACAUGUACCAGGAACCUCAUAUGCCAAGGCUGUGAAGGCUAGAGGAAGGAUUUCUUCCACUGUAAGAGCCAUUAUGGAAGAACGCAGAAAGUGGGAUGUGGGGCUUGCAAAAGGAGACUUUUUGGAUGUGCUUUUAUCAAGUAGAGAUUUGACUGAUAAAGGGAAAGUGAAUAUUGUAUUAGACCUUCUGCUUGCAGGCUAUGAAACUACCUCCACACUCCUGGCCUUGACUGUAUACUUCCUUGCACACUCAAAAGAAGCUCUUAAACAAUUAAAGGAGGAACACCAUGGAAUAAGGAAAGAGAAGCAGAAGGGGGAGGCCUUGAGCUGGGAAGAUUACAAGAAAAUGAAGUUCACACAAAAUGUGAUAAACGAAGCUCUGAGGUGUGGAAACAUAGUCAAAUUUGUCCACAGGAAAGCACUCAAGGAUGUCAACUUUAAAGAAUAUUUCAUUCCUUCAGGGUGGAAGGUUCUUCCGGUCUUCACCGCAGUACAUCUAAAUCCAUCCCUUCAUGAAGAUGCCCUUGAGUUCAAUCCUUGGAGAUGGACUGGUCAAGGGACAGACAAAAAUGUGCUACCAUUCGGCGGGGGAGUUCGUCUCUGUCCUGGGGCCGAGCUUGGUAAAUUAGAAGUUGCAUUGUUUCUUCACCAUCUUGUGCUCAAUUACAGAUGGAAGACCAAAGGUGAAGACCAUCCUAUUGCCUACCCUUACGUGGAAUUCAAAAGGGGAUUGCUUCUAGAGAUAGAACCAACUGAAAGAAGACUAGAAGAGCUGUAGUGGACAUGAAUAUAUAAUGUUCAGUCUAGUAAAGCAAGAAAAAAAAUAUAUGCAAUUCCAA